UAUCAACUCUCCUCUCAUAAAUGCCAUAUUUUACUAACCCGCUAUAAUUGUACUAAUUCUUUCUAUAUUAGCGAAAGCAGGAUGAUGAGGGUGUUAAGGAAGUGUCUACCUAGUAGAGAUGUCCGGAUGCACCUACUGACCCGACAUAUCUUUUUUAAAAAAAAACUCUCGACUGAUAGCUCAUCUUUUUUUCAAAUGGAAACAAUGCAAACCAUCGACUUUUCUUUUCAAGUACGAAAAUGCCAACCAGAAUUGAUUGCACCAGCAAAUCCUACACCCUAUGAAUUUAAACAACUUUCUGAUGUGGAUGAUCAACAAAUCUUAAGAUUUCAAGUGCCAUUGGUAAAUAUCUAUCACCAUAAUCCAAGUUUGGAGGGACGAGACCCAGUAAAGGUAAUAAAGGAAGCAAUUGGAAAGGCAUUGGUGUUUUACUACCCUUUAGCAGGAAGAUUGAGAGAAGGGCCAGGUAGAAAGCUUUUUGUAGAAUGUACAGGUGAAGGAAUCUUGUUCGUUGAAGCGGAUGCAGAUGUCAGCUUAGAACAAUUUAGGGAUACUCUUCCAUAUUCACUUUCAAGUAUGGAGAUCAACAUUCUACAUAACGCUUUAAAUUCUGAUGGAGUCCUUAAUUCUCCAUUAUUGCUCAUUCAGGUGACAAGACUCAAGUGUGGAGGUUUCAUCUUUGGUCUUCAUUUGAAUCAUUCUGUGGCAGAUGGUUUUGGCAUUGUCCAAUUCAUAAAGGCUACAGCAGAGAUAGCUCGUGGAGCUUUUGCUCCAUCUAUUUUACCAGUAUGGCAAAGAGCUCUGUUAACCGCAAGAGACCCUCCCAGAAUCACUUUUCGCCAUUAUGAAUACGACCAAGUAGUCGACACGAAGAGCACCCUCAUUCCAGUCAAUAACAUGAUCGAUCAAGUAUUCUUCUUUAGCCAACUUCAAAUCUCCACCCUUCGCAAAACUUUGCCUGCCCAUCUUCACGAUUGCUCCUCCUUCGAGAUCUUCGCUGCCUAUGUUUGGCGCCUCCGUACCAUAGCCCUUCAAUUUAAACCAGAGGAGGAAGUGCGGUUUGUUUGCGUUGUGAAUCUACGCUCGAAGAUCGACAUACCAUUAGGGUAUUAUGGUAAUGCGAUAGUUUUUCCUGCAGUAAUCACCACCGUUGCGAAGCUUUGUGGGAACCCGCUUGGUUAUGCUAUAGACUUGAUUAGGAAGGCUAAGGCUAAGGCGACGACGGAGUACAUAAAGUCUAUGGUGGAUCUUAUGGUGAUUAAAGGACGACCCUGUUUAACUACAGUUGGAUCGUUUAUCAUGUCAGAUGUAACGAGAAUUGGGUUCGAAAAUGUGGACUUUGGAUGGGAAAAGGCCAUUUUUGGAGGACCUAUAACCGGAGGGUCCGGAAUUAUACGAGGUAUGACAAGCUUUUGUAUACCUUUCAUGAAUAGAAAUGGAGAAAAGGGAACUGUGAUAACUUUAUGCUUGCCUCCUCCAGCUAUGGAAAGAUUUAGGGAAAUGUUCAUGCCUCAUUGCAAGUGAAAUAAGUGGUUGAUGAAGUUGAUAGCCAUAUGCAAACUAUUCUAUUUGCUUUUUGUAAUAAAUAAGAUUGUUUAAGGUGGGUCUGAGUUGAAUAUAUAUAUAUGGAGUAAAGUAGUAUAAAAUUCCCAUCAAAAUAAGAUUUGCUUAAA